GAAAACCAGGAAGAAAGGCGAGCGGAGCAGACAACAACACUCCUCUGUUGGAAUGCGCCGCUGUUCGCCUUGCAGCACAACUCGCCUCGGAGGAAGAGGAUGAUUAUGGCUUUAAUAUGGCUGACAAAGGUCCCUUUUUAACUUCGUGCAUCAUUUUCUACCUCUCGAUCGGAGCUGCGGUUUUUCAGAUUCUUGAGGAGCCAAACUGGAAAGCGGCAAGAGACAAAUAUAUCCAUGAGAAGGAAAACCUCCUGAAGAGUAAUCGCGUCACAAAGGAAACCCUAGAUGAGAUACUAAAGAUAGCGUCUGAGGCGGCGGGCCAAGGCGUGGCCAUCACCGGGGACCAUCACCGCAACACAUGGGACUGGGUCAAUUCUGUCAUCUUCACCGCCACCAUCGUCACCACAAUAGGUUAUGGUAAUGUUGCUCCCAAGACACAAGGUGGCCGCGUGUUCUGCAUCCUGUACGGCUUGUGUGGGAUUCCUCUCUGCCUGGUGUGGAUCAGUACGCUGGGGUCCUUCUUCGGAGACCGGGCCAAACGACUGUCUGGGAUUCUCAUAGAAAAAGGGGUUUCAGUGAAAAAAGUCCAGUUCAUGUGUACGGCCUUAUUCCUCCUAUGGGGUCUGCUGGUGCACUUGGUGAUGCCCCCGGUGGUUUUCAUGUAUGUGGAAGGAUGGAGCUAUCUGGAAGGGAUCUACUUCUCCUUCAUCACACUCACAACGGUUGGCUUUGGAGAUUACGUGGCAGGUGUAAAUCCUGACAUGGAAUACCCAAGACUCUAUAGGGUAUUGGUGGAGUUAUGGAUGUACAUGGGACUGGCCUGGCUCUCUCUGUUCUUCAGCUGGAACGUCCACAUGGUUGUGGAAGCUCACAAGGUGCUAAAGAAGAAACGGCACCACAGGCACAGGAACAGACCGCUGUAUAACCAGGAGCCAGACUCCGAGGAGGAGAGACACCGUCAGGACCAGAAGCCGACCGUUGUCGACAUCUUCAACUUCCUUUCCGAGAAGGACGAGGACUACAGCACGGUCAUCAAAGAGAUUGGAAAUAAUGCAAGGAAGAGAAAACCACCAGAACUCAAGAACAUAAACCGCUCCAAGAGCUGCAGUGACAUCCUGGCCAACAGCAUUCGGGCCUUGGACCACUCGCCGCGGCACCGCCGGCACAUCAGCUUAAGUGACGUGUUUGCGGAAGCAAAGGUGGACGAGAGUAAACAAGAGGAAGAGGGUCUUCUGAGGCAGGAAACCACCGAAGAGUCCACGCCAGGAGAGCGUGAGCAAACGGACCAGGAGGGGGACCAGAAUGAUGGCUCCUCUGAGUCAGUAAAUGGUGGGAUCACCUUCACAGCACCCAACAGAGAUGCUGCGGAAGAAGAGAAGGUGCAGCAUCCUGAGGGUGGGGAGACUCGAUUUACAAUAUCUAAGGUAGCAGAAAAUAAUUUGACCUCGGAUAAAAAUGAAAAGGGAUGACCUAUACUCGCUCCUUGGCUAAAACAGGAAGAGACAAUGUUUUCAGUUGUAUUUGGAUGAUCAUGAAGUCAAUGCAAAACGCUAGUUUCAUACAACUUUGUUAGGGAACGUUGCUUAGAAACUUUUCUUACCUUGUUUAUUUUGUAUCACAAGUCAGUUUUUUUAUGUCAUUAAAUGUGCCUUUUUUGUCA